AUGGUUCGUGGACUCAAAUGCGUCGGGUUCCUUGGAGCAGCGGGCGUGUGCUGGUCCUGGAAGCUGCGUCAGACGCUCAGCAACGAUCAGAAACGGGUCGUCACGUUUGAAGAACUGCAAAAACAUAACAGGUCCGACGACUGCUGGAUUGCCAUCAACCAGAACGUUUACGAUGUGACAGAGUUCAUGAAGACACAUCCCGGCGGUGUGUCACGGAUUCUGAGGUACGCUGGAAACGACGCCACCAAGGGGUUUCAUUCUAUGCAUCAUCCUCAAUAUUUGGAGACGUUUCUGGAGGGCUCGUUGGUUGGAGAAAUAAAUGACCUGCCUAGAAAGAAAAAAAAGACAACGAAGACUCCAAAAAAACAGCAUGUGGUAGAGAUCGAGGAGCAGGAGGAGGGAGUGGCGGCGUUGGUACCGCCAGCAUUGUCCCACAUCUUCUCGCUGUCCGACUUCGAAGUCGUUGCGAGAAACGUUCUUCCGCCAGCUACCCUAGUGCACGUCUCUUCCGGAGCAGAUGAUGAGUUCACUUUGCGCGAGAACAGAUACGCCCUUGGCCGCAUUUUCUUCCGUCCUCGCUGCCUCGUCGACGUCAGCAACACUUCCAUUGAAACAGACAUUCUUGGUGUCCGCACCUCUGCUCCGUUUUUUAUCAGUUCUUUUACGGGAUCGAAUUUAAUCCAGCCCGAAGGAGAGAAGAUUCUGGCUCGGGCUGCUGCCGAGGAGAAUAUUGCAUAUAUGGUGCCAAAACGCGGCUCAAUCUCCUUGGAGCAGCUGCAUGCGGAAACGGCCCCUAGCCAGGCAUUUUUUUACCAGUAUGAGUUUGAGUCAGCAGAAGAGCUGAGAGAGGCUCCGAAAUUUUUUAGGCAUAUAGAGACGACGAUUCCGCAAGUGAGAGCUAUUUUUGUCAAUGUGGACGUCGCUGCACGCGGACUCAGGGAGAAGGAGUACAAGGUGAGGCAAAUGGAAACAGGAAAGUCUGACGUCGAACUUGCGGGGCUUGCAAGGCCGGAACCGGAGUAUGUUGCUACCUGGAAAGAGUUUGAGACCGUUAAGAAUAGCACCAGUUUGCCAAUCAUCCUCAAAGGACUACAACGAAAAGAGGACAUUGUUAAAGCGGCCGAGCUGGGAUUUCGUGGUGCGCUGAUUUCCAAUACCGGUGGACGCCAGCUGGAUUUCUCAAAACCUGCUAUUGAGACUCUUGCUGAAGUGCACGAGGUUUUGAAGGAGAGAAAUAUAGAUCGAAACCAAUUCCAGCUUUUCGUCGAGGGGGGUUUCAGUCGCGGCACAGACGUGAUUAAGGCUUUGUGUCUAGGCGCCAUUCCUGGCAUUGGCAGGCCAAUGCUCUACAGUGAGGUCUACGGCCAAAAAGGUGUUGAAAAAGCGUCACAGCUGCUCAAAGAAGAGAUUGUCAGAGACAUGAAGCUGCUGGGAGCCAGUAACGUCGCGUGCUUGGACGACAGUUAUUUGGAUCUGAGCAGUCUUACAGUUAAGCUUGGGAUUCCUAACUUCCAAUACGAAAGAAACUACACUCCGAUGAUCAACGUUGCCGCCAAAGUGCAGUGUUAA